AUGGGUGGCGGACACGAAACUCCUCAUAGGCAUGCCACGACUCAGAAGCCUGUUUCGGAACCGCAAUGGAACAGAGGACUUUGGGGUCUUGUUGACAUGGGAAGCAAUGGCAUCCGUCUAUCGAUAACAGACCAAAGCGCACCUACGACGCGUGUUCUUCCGACUGUCUAUGCUUAUCGCAACAAGAUUUCUCUGUACGAGGCCCAGUACGAUGAAGAUGGAACCAAAGUUCCCAUCUCUACUGAGGUGAUGGAUGAUGUUGUUUCCAUGCUUCUCAGAUUCCAGAUUUUCUGUGCAGACUUUAGGGUCCCGCCAGAGCAGAUUGAGAUUGUUGCUACAGAAGCCACUCGAGCUGCCAUCAAUUCCAAGGAGUUCUGUGACAAAAUCAGAAAGGAGACUGGCAUCAAGAUGACGUUGCUCUCCAAGGAGGAUGAAGGAAGAAUUGGUGCUUAUGGUGUUGCUAGUUCGUUUUCUGCUGUCCGUGGCUUGGUCAUGGAUAUGNGGGGUGGCAGUACGCAGAUCACUUGGAUGAUUGCUAAAGGAGGCGAGACACAAAUCAGUCCCGUCAGUGCUGUGAGUUUCCCAUACGGUGCAGCUGCUCUGACCAGAAGGCUUGAGGAGUUGAAGAAGGGAAAGAGUAAGGCAGAGGCGCACAAAGCUCGCGAAGAGUUUCGUGCUCAGGUCAAAGCGCAGUUCCACGAGGCGUACAGCAAGAUUCAAGUCCCGCAUGAGCUUGUCAAGGACGCCACGAAGAAUGGAGGCUUCAGGCUUUACUUAACUGGAGGCGGGUUCCGUGGUUGGGGCUACCUCUUGCUGCACCAUGAACAGGUGGCUGGUGGUGGCUACCCCUUCUCCAUCAUCAACGGUUUCACAGCACAAAAGGACGAGUUCGAAGACACGGAGAAGAUGAAGCAGAUUGCUGAGGAGGCCAAAGAGAUCUUCCGCGUUUCUGAUCGUCGUCGCGCUCAAGUACCUGCUGUGUCCUUCCUGGUCAGCAUUCUGGCAGAAGCCAUCCCUCACGGCAUCCGCGAAGCCCACUUCUGUCAAGGAGGUGUCCGCGAAGGCGUCCUCUACAACCGCCUUCAUCCCGAAACCCGCGCUCAGGAUCCUUUGGAAGUCGCAACCCGCGACAUGGCCAAACCGAUUUCACCAAAACUCGCCGCUCUGGUCACGCAGUCCCUCCCAGCAGCUGCUAAAGGAUAUUCUAGUGUCCCUGAGUCAAUCGAUGUACACAUGAUCAGAGCAUUCGCAAACAUGUUCUACUUCCACGCCAACAUGAACAAGGAAGUCUCUUCUACGUCUGCAUUGUACAGCACGGGUACUGGUAUCUUGUGCUCGACACAUGGAUCUUCGCAUGCAGAUAGAGCUUUACUGGCCCUCAUGCUCGAAGCCCGCUACGAAGGAGAACUGGCCCCUCGUGAGACCGACUACCGUGAUUCACUCAUUCGCCUGGUAUCGAAUGAAGAAGCAUGGUGGACGCAAUACAUUGGUGUUAUUGGUCUAGUCCUGUCUCGCGCCUUCCCAGCUGGUGUCGUUCAGGACGACCUUUACGAUGUUGCCCAUAAAACCAUUCUCAAGAAGCCCGAGAUCCGCAUUGCGUCCGAGUAUGUGGAUAAUCUGGGUAAGAGAGGCAAUAAGGAGGGGUUGAUGGUUACCUUUACUCUGGUAUGGGCAACGGAGAACAGAGACGAUCCUAUGGAGGUCAAGGAGACGCUGUACAGGCAUCUUAAGAACCUUGUCAAGGUCGGAAAGAAGAAGCAUGCCAUCAACGGGUGGAGGAUCAAGGUUGGAGCGCAGGUCAAGGAUGACUACCCCAAUGAUUUGUAA